AUUAGUUUGGAAAGUUCGUCCCUGGGCAGUACCCAUAUCCCUUAUCGGCCCCCACUUUCCCACCACUUCCCCCACCCCUCCAUAAAAAGAGACGAAUUAAUAGUUCCAAGCAAAAGCAUCUCUCCGGAGAGUUUUUAGCAUUUUCCUCUCAAAUCAUUAGAUUUUCUUGUCUUUGCUUGCCCCCUCCCUCGUUUUAACACCAAGGCGUGAUAUGAGGAAGGCGUGAAUUUAGGCGGCGAUGUUCGUACGACAGCUGUGGGAUUAGAUAUUUCACGGUUGAUUAUCUUUCCGUGGACUGUGAACGCGUGGCAUUCACGAUAGGAGGGCAUAUUUUUUUUCUGCUUAUCUGAGAAACAAGUUGGACAGAAUGGCAUCAACUUUUGUAAAGUCCAAUAAGAUGAGGAGGAUGGAGUCGAAGAAAUCGCGCUCUUGGUGGUGGGACAGUCACAUUAGUCCCAAAAACUCCAAGUGGGUGCAAGAUAAUGUUGAACAGAUGGACCAGAAUGUCAAAAGGAUGUUGAAACUCAUUGAAGAGGAUGCAGAUUCAUUUGCUAAAAGGGCGGAAAUGUAUUAUCAGAAAAGGCCAGAAUUGGUCACACUAGUUGAGGAAUUCUACCGCAUGUACCGGUCAUUAGCCGAGCGAUAUGAUCAUGUGACUGGAGAGCUCCGGAAAAAUGUUCCUUCAGAUCUUCAAUCACAGGGGUCAGGCAUCUCUGACGUGGGUUCUGAACCACCCUCCAGGUUGCCCUCUCCAGAUCGGAGGCCUAGCCGCCCUAAACCUGGUCCUCGUGCUGCUGGAUUUGAAUUCUUUCUUGGCACAGGUGGAAGCAGCUCGGAUCUGGGUAAGGAAGGAGAUGAAUCGUCAACAUUAGAUUCUGAAUCAGAAUCAGAUGAUUCGUCUAUCAAUAAUUACUCAAGUACGCUGAGCACUGAUGAUGACCAAGGGUUGCGUAGGAAGAUUAGUGAAUUGGAGGUUGAGCUCCGCGACGUGAAAGAGAAGCUUCGCGCAAAUCAGGAAGAUAUCUCUGAAAGCUCAUUUAGGGGAUCACAUGUUGGCGGCAAUGAGAAUGCUCUCGCUAGAAUAGCUGGAUAUGAUGAAGAACUUAGAAAUGCAAAAGAAAAGAUUCGGUUAUCAGAAGAAGAGAUUAGCAGGUUGAGAAUUGAGCUUCAGAGGUAUGAAUCAGGGGACUAUGCAAGGAACAUCCAUGAGCUUAAUGCAGGACAGGAAGCUAAAAUUUCAGACGAGGAGAAUGCGAUAGAGGAAGAACCACAAGUUUUGGACCCAGAAUCUAAGAUCCGUACACUUGAGGAAGAAUUGAGGAGCACGAUAGAGAAGCUUCAUGAUUCAGAGAAGGAGGUGGAGCGCUUAAGAGAGGAACUUAAAAGCAACGGAUCCUCCAAUAAAUUACUUCAGGAUCAGCUUGGAUCAGCACAGAAAGAUGUUUCUGGCUGGAAAGCCAAACUUGAGAGAGAGAAAAGAGAAGUCUCAAAGCUGCAGGACCGAAUUGCGAGGUACAAAUCCAAUUUGUCAGACCGUGAUCAAGAAAUCAGAGGACUGAAAGAAUCAAUAUCAAAUGCCAACAAGGCUUUAGCAGAAGAAAACAUGCAGCUUCAAGGGGAGAUUACCAAAUUAUUAAAGGAACGAGCAUAUUUGGAGGAUAAUAUCAAAGAAAUGGAUCUACGCUGCCAAUCAUUAGAGGAGGAUGUUAGAAGAACUGCAGCGGGGAAAGAAGAAAUGGAGAUGCUGCUUAAAUCUGAAAUCGAGCAGUUAAAGUUUACCAUUGCUGAGAGGGAAAGCCAUAUUGAAGAACUGAACAGAAGCCUUGACACAUUAUCCCAGAAGUAUGACGUACUGGUAACAGAGAAAGAUGCCCUAAAUGCCAGAGUUGCCUGCCUUGAUGAAGAGCUAAGUUCUAAAGAUGAUCAGAUUGAUCAAAUGAACAACCAUUUGCACCAACUGCACAUCGAGCAUGUCGCGUUGAUUUCCGAAACUGAAGGGGCCCGUAAAACGGUAGAGGAGUUGAGGUCUAGGGUUAAAGAAUUGGAAAGAGAAGUAGAGAGACAAAAAGAAAUAGUUUCGGAAGGAGCAGAAGAGAAACGGGAAGCAAUUAGGCAGCUUUGCUUCUCACUCGAGCAUUAUAGAAAUGGUUACCAAAGGCUUCGGCAGGCUUUGGAACAUAAGAGACUACCUGUAAUGGCAUCCUAAGUCCAUUAAUGAUGAUGGGCAAACGUUAUGAUCGGGUUGUUUUUCAUCCCUUUUUUGUCCAAAACACCCUUUCACUGUCACCCUUUUUUGCUUUUGGUUUAGGGAUCAGUUCUCCUUUGUUCAAUGGUGAGCUUGGCAGCUCCUUUUGUAGUCAUUUGCCUUUCAGUGCUGUGGCUCUGUAAUUGCAGGAACAUGAAUUGUGGUUUGUUAUACACAGCUACUCUCCCAUACAUUUUCAUGGUUCGUACAAAAUCUGUUGUACUCUUCUCAUUCAACUUUUAUAUACUCGGGUCAUGGUAAAUUUUUA